UUGAACAGAAUUUAUAAUAGAUUUAAUAUUUCCGACCAUAUUCAGAAAUAACCAUGCAAGUUGCUGAUUUUUUCAAGUGUAAGAUAUACUACAUUCGUGAAUGUAGUGAUUAUAUUUACGGGAGACUCCAUGGGCGAUUAGGGUAAACUCCUUCCGCCGUCACCGUUUGGUUGGACCUCACGUCCACAGACGAGAACAUCUUCUUUAUUCUUUUCUUUUUCAAAGAUGGUGGACCUUGCUCGGUUAGCAUCUUCGUCGAACCCGAAUUCAGAUCAAGAUCCGCCACCGUUCACUGCUCUUGCAGAUCCCUUUGCGGUGGUCUUACCUCCAGAUCUUCCUGACCCACCGGAUGAAGUCAUUCGUUCUCUUUGCUCCGACGGACUUCAUCCCCUGUUUGUCAAUGAGUUUCUUGUGUUGCUGGGUUUCUCGUCCUCUUAUGCCGUAGCUAGCUGUGAGAGAUGGUAUCGGUGCAAUAUCCUUAUACUCUGGCUCUUGUGUAGCCCUUUCCCAUCUCUUGUGACUUCACUAGUUCCAGAUCUGACCUCUAUGACCUGCGCUUCUUCUCCUAUAGAUGAUUCUUGUCAGCGCUCAGAUUGGAAAACGUUACGAAGCAGGCUACCUUUCUCGUCUCUUGGGACGAUGACCGUUCUCCCUUCGGGGAAGAUUGACUAUGUCUUGUUCUGGUGUGAGUAUGGCUCUUGUACCAGUCUUCUUUGGCUACUUUUUGACAGAUCUAUGUGUUUCAAAGACUCUGAGCACUACUACCGAACUAUUCCGCCGAUGAACCUCACCUUCGAUGACCAACUAACCCAUCGCUGUUCACCGCAAACACCGCUUAUAUCUACUUAUUCCGACCACAACGACCAACGGUUCAACUUUGACUCUGACAAAUCUCUAUGAUUCCAUCACGGUAAUGCUGGAAUCGACAGGUUUUGCUGGGAAUUAGAGUUUGUUCCUUUGGAAAUUGGAGUCAAGCCCAUCUUACUGUCCACUGGUGUGGAAGAGUCAAGUUCGUUAAUGUUCGUUUCAUUUCAGGGGGUGACUCUUCUCAGCCCUCUCGCUACGACUAUCCAAGCCCAGCAAGUGGAAUUUCCAUCAAGUGAAGCUUACGUUCUGGGCAUAGCUGGAUUAUCUCAUAUUGUUACUGUAGUCAAUGGGGCUUGUUCACUGAUGUCAAGCAAAAUUUGUCAUCAACCGGUAUCUCCAACAAGUACAAAUGUUUAUGCUCGUCUCAUUCAAAGCUCAGCUCGGAGUCAUUCGUUGCUA